GCAUGACCAGCAGCGCUUGUCUCCAUCAUUUCCUUUUCACUGCCUUUUCGUGCUAAUCUGCAGCCUCAGAACAUCAGUUCUCUCAUGUUCCUGCGUCCAUUUCUUUGUCGUUUUACUACACCUGUGACACCGCUUGGACGUGUGCCAUGUGUCAAAAGGAUUAGGCACAUUAGGUGUCGCUCCUGUUUCUGUUUUGCGGCGAGUAACAACAACAGCUACGUGCAUGACGGGUUGUCCAUGAAGGAAAGCCGCCAGAGGAGCACCUAGAACAGCACCGCAAGCAACAAAAUGGACUGGGAGACCCCAUGCUGAAGUAAAUUAAGAAAGACGAGGCUUCAGCUACAAAAUACAAUGGCUAUACGAGAUUCUGUCAAGGGCCUCUCACAGACACCUCUUCUGUCCUACUGGGAACCCUUGCGGACACAGGCGAACUAAACAUGGAUGACACUCCCAAGAACACUUGCCUCUUUACAGGAGCUGCCAAUGGUUUGUUCCGCAUCAACGAUGAGUCACCAAGUUCCAGCCCUUCAGAUUCACAACUCCGAGACAUGCAGCUGUCCCCAAUGUUCAGCAGCCAGGUCAUGAGAGUAAAAGUGGAACCUCAUGAAUCUGGAUGCCUGAUACAACAGGUCCACAUCCUGCAACAGCACUGCAGGGAGCCUGCAUCGGGCGGAGAUACUUGCGGAGCACCGACUGGGAUGGAUCACAGUGGAGACGAACCUCGAGACGACUCUUCAAAUGAACAGGUGUUCAUAGAAGUGAAAACAGAGCCUUAUGACACUGCAAUUUUUGCAAGGCGGGACCAGAUGGGACACGGUGUUGACUCGGAAGAAACAACAGCAGGCACUCGUAUGCUCCACAUUGAGGAUGAGCCCACAGAUGUUUGUGAUCCUGCAUUUUCAGAUACACAGUCCAGCAUCAACACAACAAAAGAGGCUGGGGAAUCGUCAGUCUCUGGCUACGAGGAAGAUGGGCUUUACAAGUGUGCUUGCGUUCCCAUUGCGCACCUGGAUGGUGAGCUCAAAACUCACGAACCGAAGCUACUUAACUGUGACACGUGUUCCAAGACGUUCCGUCACAUGUCUACUUUGAGAGCACAUGCGAAAAGUCACAAUGGAAAAGGGUUCUACAGAUGCCAGAUGUGUGCACUUGUAUGCACGUCGCCAGCUAGCCUGGAAUGCCACAUGCUCGCACAUGCUUGCAAGAAGUCUGAACAACAUCCUGUUUCAUCGACGCAUCACGUGGGAGGCAAGAGGCUCAGGUGUGAUCCCAGUCCAGCUACAUCCUCCCAGUCUGAGAGUGCCUCAAGCCAGCCGCAUAAGCGCACGGGUGAGAAGCCGUACAGGUGCGACCUCUGCCCCGCAGAAUUCACCCUUGGCAAGAUCCUGCGGCGGCACAAGCUGACACACACGGGUGAGAAGCCGCACAAGUGCCAUCUCUGUCCUGCAGAGUUUGCCCUCAGCACAAACCUGCGGCGUCAUCAGCGAACACACACGGGUGAGAGACCAUACAAGUGCAACCUCUGUCCUGCAAUGUUCGCCCGCAGCGCAGACCUGCAGCAUCACGAGAGAACACACACUGGGGUGAAGCCGUAUAAGUGUGAUCUCUGUCCUGCAGAGUUCAGCCGUUGCACUGGCCUUCUGUGCCACAAGCGGACACACACUGGUGAAAAGCCCUACAAGUGCGAUCUCUGUCCUGCAGAAUUCAGGUACAGCACGAAUCUGAGGUGCCACAAGCAGACGCACACGGGUGACAAGCCAUACAAGUGCAACCUCUGUUCUGCAGAGUUCUCUCGCAGAGCAAACCUGCAGCGUCACGAGCUGUCACACACUGGUGAGAAGCCGCACAAGUGUAACCUCUGUCCCGCAGAAUUUGCCCUUGGUGCAGUCCUGCAGAGGCACAAGCUGACACACACGGGAGAGAAGCCACACAAGUGCCAUCUCUGUAGCGCAGAGUUCACCCUGAGUGCGAACCUGCGGCGUCAUGAGCGAACACACACGGACGAGAAGCCAUACAAGUGUGAUUUGUGUCCUGCAAUGUUCACCCGCAGCCAGGACCUGCGGCGUCACGAGAGUAAACACACGGGCGUGAAGCCGUAUAAAUGUGAUCUCUGUCCCGCUGAGUUCAGCCGUUGCACUGGCUUGCUAUGCCACAAGCGAACCCAUACUGGCGAGAAGCCGUACAAGUGCGAUCUAUGUCCUGCUGUGUUCAGGUACAACACGAAUCUGAGGUGCCACAAGCAGACACACACGGGCAAUAAGCCGUUCCAGUGCAAUCUUUGUCCUGCAAAGUUCUCCCGCAGGACAAACUUGCAGCGUCAUGAGCAGACACACACGGGUGAGAAGCCAUACAAGUGUGAUCUCUGUCCUGCAGAGUUCAGCCGCAACACGGAUCUGCAGGGCCACAAGCGGACACACACCGGCGAGAAGCCGUACAAGUGUGAUCUCUGCCCCGCAGCGUUCAGCCACAGCACGAACCUGCGGCGUCACGAGCAGACACAUAAGGGCAAGAAGCCAUAUAAGUGCGAUCUCUGUCCUGCAGAGUUCAGCCAGAGCACGUACCUGCAGCGUCACAAACAGGGUCACAUGGGAAAGGAACAGUACAAGUGCACGCUAUGCAGUGCCAUGUUUGUCCGCCGCGAGCACCUGGCACACCAUCUGGACAUGCACCUGCAAGGAUCUGUACAAGUGCAGGAAGUGCAGCCGUGACAUGUCCGUCCGCCAUGAACAACCACCAUAUGUGUGCACGCAUGGGCGAGAAGCCAUACAAGUGUGACCUCUGUCUUGCAGGGUUCAGCUAGAGAACGCAGGGACAUACGGGAACAGUACAGGGGCAGCUGUGACAUGUCUGUCCGCAACAAACUACCUGAUGCACCAUAUGUGUGUGCAUACGGGCAAGAAGCCAUACAAGAGCAUGAUCUCUGUCCUGCAGAGCUGAGCACGCACUGUGGUGUGACCACGACCUACUAGAUUAUAGCGACCAUGUCACCCUUUCCAUCGCUGCAUUAGGAGGCUAGCGGUGGUGCUACACAUCAGCCCAGUUAUUGCUUCCUCAGUUUCCACAAUACUUUGUACUUCAGCUUACCUUAGUAUUGUUGUACAAGCUGCAGAUGUCCCGCGGCAGAUGCUUCUUGCUAAGGUACAUUAUCAUCAUCAUUAUACGCGUUUUCAUAGGAGCUGUUGCUGUCGUCUGGUACGGUAGUCGUACGUCUGCUUCUGCGUGUUGAAAUUUUCUUUUUUUUAAUUCGGUGUUAGUGCCGCGAAGCAACUGUGGCUAUGAGUGGUGUACAGACGUGGAUAGAUGGAGAGAGAGGACAGCAGGAAGUGGUGGGGGACAGGGGAGGAUAGGGGGAACUGUGCCGACAUUCAUCUGGAAAGUCUUCCGAAAACACACGGAAAACCUCAGACAGCACAGCCGGUGACAGGACUCGAACCCGUGUCACCUCCCAGUCUCGGUGUGGAAAGCGAUCAUCUUAACCACUACGCCACAGGAGCUGGUGUGUUCAAAAUUUAAAUUUCCAUUGUCCAGUCAUGAUGUAGAUCCCGCGGACUGAUGUGUAGUGCCCCCUAGCGGAUCGUGCAGACGGGCUUCUCAUAGGGGUUGCCGAUUUUGACAUGGUCAUCAUAAUCUACAGGUUUUCCCGCCGAUUUUAAUCCAAGCGCCAUCGAAAUUAAUCCAUGUGCCAUGCAAACUUUAUGGGGCAUGGAUUAAUUUAGCUGGCACUUGGAUUAAAAUCGCCGGGAAAACCUGUAGUAGGUCGUGGGUGCGACAAACCUAUGCCUCCAUGUACUACACCAGGCCUGAAACCUUCUAAGAAAAAAGGCCGUGCCACACGUAGUAUGCUCGCACGCCACAUUGAACCCGAACCAAUAUGACUAAACCGAACCGAAAAAAUAACGGUUCCGAUCCCUGACGCCAAUAGCCGUGAUAUAGUGUUGUGGGUCACAAUUGGGGACUGUGACAUCCUUUUUCAUGAAGAGCAGGUCUUUAUAUGACCUGCUGACCAUGAAGGCAAUUGUAGCAAAGUUCUUCUCACAGAAAAAAAAAAGAAAAAGAGCCCCCAAGCGGCUGCGUCUCCAAAAAUUCAUGAGAGGUGCACCCAAAAUGCGCAACUGCUACUCUGGUAUUGAAAAUAGCUUGGUGACAAAAGUGCAAUUUUUUUGUGUAGCAGGAAGUGAAACAACAUUAUUUUUGGCAAGAAGCUCUGGUCAAGACACGAGGCACAAAUAUGACAAACUGUUCCAUAAGUCUCAUUCCAGGACAUAUACAGGGUGUUUCAGGUAAUGUGAUAAAAAAUUAUAACUGGCGACGUACUUGCCGGAGGAUUGUGGAACUUUUGGGAAAUUACCGUCUGGGAACUUUUGCCGCGAUUCAGGAAGGCUUUGGACAAUUUUUAAGUCGGGGAAAUUUAUUUUUUGAAUUUAACUUUGAAAAUUGCCGAGCGAACCUCACUUUUUUAUUACAGA